GCUUGGACUGCAAGGACUCAGUCAUUGUUCCGCAACUCUUCAAAAUAUACUCAGGAACUACCUCCAUAUAUUCUCCUCACCAUUUUAACACAAUUGCCAGACAUCAACAUACUGAAGAAGGACUGUGACAGAGUGAGCUGAAGGAUUGUCGUUGUCUACAAAGGAGAACAAAAGGAUCAUUCUGAAAAAUCUCAUGACAAGUUACAGCAGCGGCGGAUAUUUCAACCCUGCUUACCAUGACAGCGAGACUCUGGAAAUUGAUAGAAGGUCUUCGAGCAAAACCCACCACACCAACCCCUAUGCCGGGGAAGACCCGGCCUGGCGGGGCGACAGGGCAGAGACACAUAACACUUUCAUGGGUCAGUCCAGCGGUGAUGAUGCUUUUGCGAGAGUACCCCGGGGGGGCUGGCAGGAGGAGAGCUGGAGGGGGAGAGAAAGCAUCCCCAUGGGCCUCAUCUCAACACGCCCUGGGAGCCCUUCAUGGCAGCAUGGCAACAAUCACAGUACAUUUCAAAUCAACCCUGACUCUCAAUAUGACCGAUCACCGUCUGUUCGAUUUCCUCCUCCAGCGUCAGGUCACAUGACAAUGCGAUGGAGGGGAAUGACAAGAAGAAGGAUGAGCAUGUUUCCUAACACUGAUCUUGCUCAUCUAGCGUUGACAGAGGAUGCCAUCAGGAACGAGAUGGAGAAUGAGGAACAGGACCUGGUCAAAGAGUUUGUUGCCCUGUCAACGCGAGACCGAAUCCGGGCUAUUCGGGACCUUCCAAUGAGCUUUGAGGAAAAGAAGCACAUCAGGAGCCAAGUACUGGCAUUCAGGUCCUCCAAGCAAUCUCGCCAGUUCACAUGUUUUGCAGAUUGCUCUGAGAAUGUGUCACUGUUUUUCCGCAGGUGCGGCUACAGUAUAAGGUCGGCCCGGCAGACUCUGGAACUGUGGCAAGGCAUCAUGAAAGAGAUCGGUGGCAAGUUUGGCACCAGUGUCCUCUCCUACUUCGUGUUCCUCAAGUGGCUCCUCAUGUUCAACAUUUUCUCCUUCCUGGUCAACUUUGGCUUUAUCACCAUCCCGCUGCUUGUUUACGACCCCUUACCCAACAUUCCUCCGAAUGUGAGCUUCAGAGGACUGGAGAUACUGACUGGAGCUGGUUACUUCAACCAUACUGUCAUGUACUAUGGUGGCUACAGCAAUGAAACGCUUGUGGGUCUAGUGGAGUACAACAUGCAGCUGGCUUAUUUCUUCACCAUUGCAGUUUAUAUGGUGCUGUGUGGACUUGCACUUAUUUUCAGCAUGGCAAGGUCAUUUAAAACAAAUUAUGUACUAGCAGAAUCAACUUCGAACGGUGCAUGGCAGCUUCUGUGCAGCUGGGAUUUUAGUAUAACCAAUGAGAGAGCAGUGAGACAGCGCAAGAGCAACCUCCGUGUCCAACUCAAGGAGUCUUUGUCAGAAAAGGCCCAGAUGGAGCUGCUAACCCUCUCUGAAAAACUGAAGCACUUCGGGGUUCAUUUGGGUUCCUGGCUUCUCUCCACUGGCUUAGCUGUUGGCUGUGGAGCCAGCAUCUACUAUCUCUGCCAAUAUGAACAGCAGCGUGCGACUGAUGGUGCCAACUGGUCUCCGCUUCAGGAGGCAGAGACUCUCCUGGUUCCCUUUGUGGUGUCGCUGAUGAACCUGGUUGUCCCGCUCUUCUAUUCCCUCUUCUACAAGUUUGAGCACUACUCCAGCCAGCGGACACAGAUCUAUGCUCUAGUAGUCAGAAAUGUCUUACUCAGGAUGUCCAUUCUGGGUGUCUUGUGUUUUUACUGGAUGAACGUGGUGGCUAAGAAGUUUUCGUGUUGGGAGUCCAGGGUAGGACAGGCUUUGUACCGUCUGGUCAUUGUUGACUUCCUUUUUCUGAUGUUGGGAUCCUUCUUUGGAGAGUUUCUCAGCAACGUGAUUGGAACCAGAUUACUACCACGUCUGGGGGUUCCAGAGUUCGACAUAGCCAGAAAUGUCCUCGAACUCAUCUAUGCACAGACUUUAGCCUGGAUUGGAAUCUACUUCUCUCCUCUGCUGCCUGCCAUCCAGAUUGUCAAGUUUUUCAUCUUGUUUUACCUAAAGAAGGUCAGCCUGACCCAGAACUGCCAGCCUCCGCGGCGAACAGGCAGGGCAGCUCAGAUGCACACAACCUUCAUCGCUCUCCUCUUCUUCCCUUUCUUCGUGGGAGCCUUGUCCAUGGUUGCAUACACUUCCUGGAGUCUGACUCCCUCAGAGCAGUGUGGUCCUUUUCGGGGACUCAACAACACCUUCAGUGUGGUUGGAGUCUGGAUAGACGACCUGGAGGAGAUCCCCGGGUCUCAGUGGGUUGUCUGGAUCUACCAACACGUCAUCAGGAGUGAACUCUUCUAUUUUCUCAUCACACUCAUCAUCCUGGUCAUCAUGUACAUCUUCUGGCAAGUCACUCAAGGCCGCAAGGAUCUUAUUGGUCUCCUGAGACAACAGAUUGUUAAUGAGGGGAAAGACAAGUCCUUCUUGCUGGACAAGCUCCAGAACUUCCAGAAAUCUCAUCCUAAUAAAAAACCCAAACCCAAGAAUCCAAAGAAGCACACCAAACGGCGUUCGGAUGACCACUCUUCAGGCAGUCAGUCCAACUCAAACGCCAUGGUUCAGGCUUUACUUGCUCGCCAGCGGCUCGAGGAGGAAGAAGAAAGACGGAGAGCUGGCGGAGUGCUGGUUCCCUCCGACAUCUCCACUUCCAGCGCUAUGAUGCAGGCCAUGUUGGCCCGUCAGAGAGCUGAAGACCAGGAGGAAGAUUUGCACCAGAUGCCUGAUAAACACCCGUCGUCCUCCAGCGCCCUCACACAGGCCAUGCAAGCCAGGCAGAGGGCAGAGGGUCAAGAUGAAUACUACAGCACGGCAGGUUUUUCAGAAGACCCUGUCAACGGAUCCAGUGCUGUCAUUCAAGCGAUGAAAGCCAGACAAAGAUCAGAGGAAGAUGGAGCUGAUGAUAGAGAUGACCCGGCAUCCUCUGUGUCGAGUGUUAUGAUGCAAGUCAUGCAAGCCAGACAGAGAGCAGAGGAAGAGGACAGGAUUCAGUGGGUCCCUGCUCCCCCACAAAACCUAGCUCCCUCAGGCUCCAGUGCUCUCAUUCAGGCCAUGUUGGCCCGGCAGCAGGCCCAGAACGAGUACGAUGACGGUUACUGAACAAAGGGCUGACUUUAUCUCACCAUGGGGACGGGAACGGAGCAGACGAGAAUAACAGAAUGGAUUUCUUUAAGAUGGCUAAGACUAGUCUUGUUUUGUUAUGAUUUUGCAUCAGUUGAAAUGGAAUGAUUCCUCCAGAAUUGAGACACAUUCAAUCUUCCUGUUUACGCAAAAGAACAAAGAUAGCUACUGUAGUUGGGCUAUGAGAGAUUGCAGGUCUACCUCUUUAGUCACAUUUUUAUAAAUAUAAUUUAAUAGUAAUAGUUUAAUAGUAUUUAAUAGUAUAUUUCUAUGUCAGUAUAUAAGCCUUGUAUGACAAAUAAAUACCAUAACAUAUACUCAAUAGGCCUGAUCUUGUGCCAUUUCUAAUGUAAUUUCUGUAUCAUAAACAUAAGUUGUUAAAACUGUAAAUAUUCUCUGAGAAAUGUAGAUGAACACCUGAUACAGAGAAGGAUAGGCAAAAAUAGAUUCAUUACUGUCCCCUGUAUAUUACAUUGUAGGAAAUGGCAUUGUAAAUCAAAAUAUUAAUGCCAAAAUAAACCAGUGACACAAGCAACAUUACAUUGACAUUCAUGGAGUUAAAUGUAAUUUUGCAAACAUGGUGUGUUUAGACAACACUGCCCUCUGUAGGGAUUAUGCAAACUGUGAAAUACCACAGAUCAGAUGGUGAGUUUUUUGGCCAGUGGUUAUUCAGUCGUAUUAAAGAUCCUCCCCAGACACGUUUUAAGAUAUAAAGAUCACUCUACUGUCAAUGAAUGACAUGUGUCUGAUAUUUUUUGUCUGCAUCUUUCAGUUCAAUUCUGAGGUAAUUAACUUCAAUAUUUUAAUAUUGUGCUACUUGUACUCCGCUACAUUUACACUGAUAGCCCUAGUUACUGUUACUUUACUGAUUCAAAAAUUUAAACACUUAUUCUGAGUAUAUACGAUCUGAUGCAUUGUUAUACUGUAUACCUGAUAGCAAAUAAAAUAAGUGGAAUCAGCGCCCUUUGGUCAUCUACAACAUUAAA